AUGUAGUAUCUAUUGUCGCUAUCAAGAAAUUUAUAAUCUGAAAAUGUUUUUUUGAAUCCAACUCUAAAUUUCAGAGAUUAGAAUGUUUAGAAAAGUUUUAAAACUUUCUAGAAAAAGUUAAAUCAAAGUACAAUGAUGUUAAUAGAAACUUUUAAAAUGUUUUUGGAAUUAGCUUUGACUAUUUCCUCAAUAGUUUAGGAUACUUAGUCAAUAUAUUCAUAAAUCCUUAUUGUUUUUCCAUUAUCAAGUUUGUUCCAAAUAUGGAGUAUAAAGAAGAACUCAAAAUGUAAUGACUAUUGGAAAAUAAUUCAUGUUGUAGCACUUCAUAUCUUUUUAAGUUUUCAUAGUAAUUAGUUUCAAAUUAAUGGAUAUGUGCAACUAUAUUAUAUGUAUAUUACUUAAAGUUUAAACAAUAAGAAAUACUUAAUUUGUUACUUUGCAAUAAUGUAAAUUACUUAUAUGUAUUUCGAUAAUUGUUUUGAUUGGAUUCUUUUACCUUUUUAAUGGAUAUUUAUUUUAGCAAUUGCUAUCAGUAUAUAUUUGAGAGAGCGAAGAAAAUUAGUUUAUUUCUUUGAGAAAUUUAACUUUAGCCAUGAUCUCUCAUAUUAAGAAGUAGUACUUAAUCAUAGUCUACAAUAAAAUUUGUUUGUUAUAAAGUUGAAUUCUGAUAGAAAUUUGUAAGAUUAAUUUGAAGUACUAUUUAUUAAUUAGGCUUGUAAAAAGGAGUUUGCUACUAUUGAAAAUUUAUAUUAAAGAAUUACAUAAAUAAAUAUUAUUAAUUGCAAUGAGUCUAACAUUUCUUAAUGUAAUUUUAAAAUCAAUUUAAGUUAAGAACUACCUUAAAAUAAUUUAAAAGCAUCCACAGGUGAAUAAAUUAAUAUUAUUGAUAAGCCUUAUACAUUAAAUUAAAUCCUUUAUUAAUAUUUUAAUAACUCUUAAAACAAAGAAAUUUAAGAAUGUUUCCCCUUAAAAUUAACAGGAUUAAUGAGUAAUCAUCAUCAUUAAACAUAUGAUAUCUUAGUAACUCCAUGUAUAUGGAAACAUCAAAGAAGUUAUAUAGUUUCUUUAAUUGAGAUAACAGAUAGGAUCAAAAUAUCUUAACUUGAGAAGUUGGAUCAAUAUAAAGAUAAUGUAUUAGCUACAGUUAGUCAUGAUUUAAAGAAUCCUAUUUUUGUAGUUCAAUCCAUGAUAACAUUAGUAUAGGAUAGUUUAUUUGAAUUAUCUGAAAUGGAAACAAAUCCAGAUAUAUUAUAGAAAAUAUAAUCUUGUUGUAAUUAUUUAGAGAUGUGUUAAACAAAUGUUCAAAUUUUAUAAUCGUUUGUUAAUGAUUUAUAAGAUUUUGCUUAGAUUAAAUAAUAGAAGUUAAAAUUAGCAAUUAGUUAGUUUGAUAUUAUGUAAUUAAUUUAGGAUGUUAAAAAUGUAUUUUAAAUCUAAAUACAAAAGAAGAACUUAUAAUUAGAUAUUAUUUCUAAUCUAAAUUCAUCUUAAUCUUUAAAUAAUGAUCCUUUAAGAAUUAAGCAAAUUCUCUUUAAUUUACUUUCAAAUGCAAUAAAAUUUACAUCAAAAGGAAGAAUAUCAAUUACUUUUUCUGAUGAUCCAUAAAAUAUUUGUAUAUUUUCUUAAAAUGUUAAAGAAUAGAUUUAAACAAAUAAAUCAGUCGUUGAUAUUAAUACUCUCUUAAAAAAUCAAUAAAGAUUGAUUCUAUGUACAGUAUCUGACAAUGGUAGUGGUAUGAGCCAAGAAAUAUAGAGAAGACUUUUCAGAAAUUUUGCCACCUAUGAUAAUGAUAGCAACACAAAUAAGUAGAGUAUUAGUUUAAAAUGUUAGAAAUGGUGUUGGUUUAGGAUUGAUCAUCUGUAAAUAGUUGUGUGGUUACAUAGGGCCAUUAUAGUACAUUUAUCUAUAAUCAUAAGUUGGAGUUGGUUCAACAUUUUAAUUCGUCAUUUAUAAAAAUUAUGAUAAAUAGCAUCACUAAUAAUAAGAUUAGUUUAGUGUCGAUUCUAUUGAUUAUGAUAUUUCAGCACAUUCUCCAUAUAAAAACAUAAUUAGUACCAAUCAUUUAACUCCAUUGUAUAAGAUGAUUAACAAAAGAGAUUAAUUAUAAGUUCUAAUUGUUGAUGAUGAGUCAUUUAAUAAUAUGUUACUUAAAAUAUAAUUAUCAAAAAUAGGAAUUAACAAAGUUGAUACUGCUUUUGGAGGAAAGGAAGCAAUCAAUAUGAUAAUAACUUAAUGUUAUGACAUUGUAUUUUUGGAUUUCAAUAUGCCUGGAAUGAAUGGAUUAUAAUGUAUUAAAGAAAUAAAACGGAUUAAUCCAGAGAUAAAGAUUUAUAUGUUGACUGCUUUCAAUGAUAUGAAGACUUAAAAAAAUUGUCUUAGUGCUGGUGCAGACAAAAUUCUAUAAAAACCACCAACCUCUUAAGAUCUUGAACUAUUGUUUAUUUGA